AUGUGUGACAUUGGAGCAGCAAGUGAUGCUGAUUUUGAAGCUGCUGGCACCCUAAACACCAUUCACCAUACUCGAUCGCAAUCCAUCACACGAUCUAGAUCAACUUCAGUCUCACAUUCCGAGACAGGUGCUUCAGCUCAUAUCACACCGGAAAAACCCUUAAUACACUCAUCGGUUUCUUUAGCACCAUCACUUGAAAAAAGCGAAGCAUCACCAAAUAAAUCACGGCCGGUGCUGUUGAUACGCAACCCAUACCUCGCGACGGGUGAUGUAGACAAUACUACAACACAACCCCCAGAAACUAUAGCCAGUAAUGCAAGUUCAGUGAAUGUUUGUUCUGCGCCUGCAACCUCUGUACCCGUGGCUGCUCGCCCACAUACCACCAAAGGAUCUAAAGCCGAGUUUCGUGUUGAAAAGGGCGAUGUCACUGCUUGGACUGGUGGAUCUACCACCACGGGUCAACCAGGUAAAUUCUCUCACCGUCCAUCAUUGACUAAAUCCGGUGCAUCAGGAUUUUUUUCAAAAGGAUCAAAUUCAAGCCUAAAUCGUCGCAGCUCCAGUUUUAUUCAUACCGAAGCGCUCCUGGCUUCUACUGUGGUGAAGGAGGAUAUAACUGGGCAGAAUUUCAAUGCAAAUCCAACUCCACCUGUGCUCCCCCCACGUAAACCUCGUUACGAUUCUGUUCUUGACAGUGCUUGGGAUCAUCAUAAAUCGUUGCGGAAUCCAGAAAAGGAAGCUCAAGAGAGACGCAAGCAGGUCGAGGCGAUUGAAAAGGCCGAAAAAGCACGCAAGGAUGCUAUUUCAGGAAAGGUCAAUCCUAAAGAGGCCAGUGUAGAUCAUAACGGAGAACCAAAACGAUCUAAUUUAGAUGGCGGUGAUUUUGGUGAAACUAGUGAUGUAUCUAAACGCAGAUUGCUAAAUGAGCAAUGGAUAAUGCAGCAACAAUUGGCUGCUGAAAUUGCUACUGCUUGUGAACAAGACAUUCUUGCUCGUUCUAAAUCAUAUGAAAAUGUAAAGCCAAUUGAUUUACAGGGUCCAGGCGACUCGAUGAAUGCGUUUUAUGCUACCAUUGACAACAUGGAGUCGAUCAUGACAGACUCGAAAACCAUUCGUGAUGUGUUUCGAAAGGAAGCUGUAGAUGAAGUUGGGCGUGUAGCUGGACCUUGGGCAUUCUAUUGCGAAUUGUCGAGUAGUGAUGAAGAUGAGUACGAAGAUAUUGGAUCCAAUAUUGAAGAUUUACGCGAUGCAGAUAUGACGGAUGGUGCGAGUGGAGGAGCCGGUGAUAGUGCUGAGGAGGUUGAGUCGGAUAAUCAUGAAGUCACCGAUAUGGAUUUGGAUUGAUUGGGAGUUUUUGAAUUUUAUUCACCUUGUACCAUUACUAUUUUUUGCAACAACCUGCUAUAUAUUGCAGACAUUUGAUAUUUUUGGACGAGUACUGUUUUAUACAAUGGUUUUACUGUUUUAAUU